UCCAUCCAACCAUCCACAUCGCGUACAGCAUUAUGUACCAGUCGCCACAACUAACACGCUCUCUCUCUCUCUUUCUCUUUCUCUCUCGCUCUCCGCAGUCACCAACGCGACGGUGGCGCCACAUGCGGCCAUCUUCUUCAGCCACGAGGUGAAGAUCUUUCUCGCCGUGGCGGCGGCGCUGCAGUUCCUGCUCACCGUCGCCGGCAAUGUGUCGGUGAUGAUCGCCUACGCGAUCGAUCCUCGCCUACGCAACGUGCAGAACACGUACAUCCUCAACCUCGCUAUCUGCGACUUCUUCGUCGGCUGCGUCGACGCGCCGAUCGCCUUCUGGGACAUCUACCACGACUGGAUCUGGGUGCUGCCGCAGCCCGUCUGCGACUUCUGGAUGUUCGUCGAGUACACGUGGACGCUCGAGUCCGUCACGAGCGUGAUUCUCAUCAGCUGGGAUCGCUACAAGCUCGUCACGCAGGGAGCGAGUUAUCAGGUGCAGAACUCGAUACGAAAGGCCGUCGUGCACAUCGUCGUCACGUGGGUGGUCGUCAUCGCCUUCUACGCGCCGUCGAUUCUCGGCUGGCGCGCCUUCGCCGGCUUCUCGGUGCUGAAGCCGACGCUUUGCGAAGUGGAGUUUCUCUACAACUUCCCGUUCACGCUGACGAAGAACAUUCUGACGAUCGUCAUUCCCGGAGCGCUGCUAAUCGUCGUCAACGUGAAAGUGUACCGCAAUAUCGCCGCGCGCACUCGUCGCUUCAAGCAGACGGCGUCGCACACGCUCGCCGCGCCGACGUCCACCGACGCGACCCUGUCGAAGGACCGACGAGCGGCGCGCUCGCUGUUUAUCCUCGUCGUCGCUUUCAUCGUCAUGUGGGCGCCGUGGGCCGUCAAUACAACCCUCAGCACGCUGUGCCACGAGUGCUGGAACGACUACGCGUACAUGGCUUCCUACUGGCUCCUCUACCUCAACAGCCUCGUCAACCCGCUUCUGUACGCUGCCGGCAGCCCCCGCUUCCGCGUCAACUACAAGCGCAUCUGGUGCUGCUACCUGUUCCGCACUAAAGGUAUCGUGCAUCGCAUCACCGACGCGUCGUGGUCGGAUGCACGCACGCAGAAGGCGGCCGCCUGCCGCUCCGACUGCCUCGCCGUGCAGCGUACGACGCACGAGAUGGCGACGGUGAUGCACAGCUACUGCUACACGGUGACGCGAGCCGACGACGCCAGCGCGAACGAGUCGGAGGACAACUGCUGCGGCGACGUCGGCGAGCGGUCGUGCGUCUCCGAUAUUCACUCGUUCAACGGUACGCCGCGGCCCGAGAGCAGCCAGGAGCGGCUGCUAUGA